AACAAAAAUAGAGAAAAGGAGAACACUUGCCACCUCAUCCAACAGCUGCUUAUUUAAUCUCUACACUUGCUCGUAGGGUCUCAAUUCGAGGUCGCAGAUUAGAUUCCCAAUUCUCCGUUCGCCAUCUGUUAAGGAGAUAGAGAGGGAGAGAUUGAAAAUGCCUGCAGAGAAGUCCAACAGUUUCGAUAACGAAGUGGAAGCGUUCGUUGAGGUUGAUCCAACAGGGAGGUUCGGGCGUUACAGCGAUCUUCUUGGUUGCGGUGCUGUGAAGAAAGUUUACAGAGCGUUUGAUCAAGAGGAAGGAAUCGAGGUGGCGUGGAAUCAGGUUCGGCUGAGGAACUUCAGCGAAGACCCUGUUCUCAUCAAUCGCCUUCACUCUGAGGUGGAUUUGCUCAGAACCCUCAGCAACAAGUACAUCAUCGUCUGCUACAGCGUGUGGAAGGACGAGGAACGCCACAAUAUCAAUUUCAUCACUGAAGUCUGCACCUCCGGGAACCUCAGGGAUUACCGCAAGAAGCACCGCCACGUCUCCAUUAAGGCAUUCAAGAAAUGGUCCAAACAGGUCCUUGAGGGAUUGGAGUAUCUUCAUACGCAUGACCCCUGCAUCAUUCACAGGGACCUCAAUUGCAGCAACAUCUUUGUUAACGGCAACAUUGGCCAGGUGAAAAUUGGUGAUCUUGGAUUGGCUGCAAUAGUGGGACGGAACCAUGCAGCACAUUCAAUUUUAGGGACACCAGAGUACAUGGCACCGGAGCUGUAUGAAGAAGAUUACACUGAGAUGGUGGACAUAUACUCUUUUGGAAUGUGUUUGCUUGAAAUGGUGACAACAGAAAUACCCUACAGUGAAUGUGACAGUGUGGCCAAGAUAUACAAGAAGGUCACGAUGGGAAUCAAGCCUGAGGCCUUGAGCAAAGUCACAGAUCCUGAGGUGAAGGAAUUCAUUGAGAAGUGCAUAGCACAGCCAAGGGCAAGACCUUCAGCCACAGAUCUCCUUAAGGAUCCUUUCUUUUAUGAACUCAACAAUGAUGAAGAAUCAACGCCAAUCAAUUGAAUAACUUCAUUCACACGUAUUCAGAGUUCAUUGUUUGACCCUUUUGUCCAACUACUUUUUACUUCCAAGUAUAUUCGUAUCACAAAGGCCACACAACUAACUGUUGGUCAGUACUUGCAUUUCCACUCCAGUUUCACUACAAGUGAUGUACAUAACUUCUGUAGUGGACUGAACUAUAGAUGACACUCUUUGGAGAAAAUGCCAAAUCCACUAGUAGAUUUUCCA